AGCCAUUAUUUCUUGAGUUCUUUAGUUUGUCUCCGACGGAGCUUGGAUGCAUAGCAUCAGUGACCAGCCGUUCUAUUCAGAGUCUUAAAGCCAAUGACAAGUGCAGCCGGGAGCAGCAGCCGCGUUGGUCCCUUAAUUCAAAGCUCUUUGUAGUCAGUCAUUUCUCACGAUAAAACAUCAAACGACCAUUAGCUUUCAGCUACUCGUUACUGCAGUCGAUAUAUUUUCAUAGAAGAGAAAGGCCCGCACGAAAAUGGAGUUUAUUCGGGAGUUGGAUGGAUUUUUCCGGCGAAUUCAAAUAGAUGUCGAAACGCGACGACGGGAGGAUCGCUCUUUGAACGUCUUCAACGUUUCGUCGGUACCAAAACCAAGUAAAAGUAUCCUUGCCGUAGACAAAGUCUACUUUUAUGCCAAGAACAACGCCACUGAGCAUCGAACAAUCCGUUACGAGCUGGUACACCGACAGCCCGAGACGGCCAUCUUGCGUCGUGGCCAGCCAUUCACCUUCAUCAUCCGCUUCGCCGACGGCAAGUCUUUCAACCCCGGCAAAGAUAUUCUCCGGCUCAACUUCGACUUGGGUCCAAACCCUAGCAUCAUCAAACACACGCAGGGAAUCCUCAACGUCCGGGGUGACGAAGAAGAAUUGACUAAGGAAAAUGAUCAGUGGGACGUUCGCGUAGUGGGGAAAAAUGCCGACACCAUCACUAUGCAGGUUCAAAUUCCAGUGGACGUACCCAUCGGCAUAUGGAAAUUGAAGAUCUUCACGGGAGAGACGAGCGAACCGGCCGGAAGAUUGCGACUUUACGACUGCCCUAACGAUAUCUACAUCCUAUUCAAUCCUUGGUGUGAAGAGGACAGCGUUUACAUGGAGAGGGAGGAGCACGACGGGAAAAAGGCGAACAAUCUGCAAGACGAGUACGUCCUAGCUGACGUCGGCAAGAUUUGGAUGGGCGCUUACGGUUCGGCCAGGGGACGUGAGUGGGUCUAUGGCCAAUACGACGACGCAACUCUGCCCGUAUGCAUGUAUUUGCUGGAAGGAUGCGGAAUACCUCAUUUCGAACGAGCUAAUCCCGUCGUCGUUUCACGCGCCCUCACUAAAAUGGUCAAUCAAGCGGACGGGGACAAUGGGAUCUUGGUUGGCCGUUGGGACGGAAAAUAUGAUGACGGCACUGCUCCAUCUGCUUGGACUGGUAGUGUGAAAAUCAUCGAGGAUUACCUAGCGACCAAAACGCCUGUCAAAUACGGGCAAUGCUGGGUCUUUGCGGGAGUCCUAACGACAGUUUGCCGUGCUCUGGGUAUACCGGCCAGGCCGGUUUCCAAUCUCGUCUCAGCUCACGACACAAACGGAACAUUCACGAUUGAUCGCUUCUUCGAUGCUAAAGGCAACGCUCUCGAGAGCGACCCUUUCAAUCCUGGCGGAGAAACAGAUUCCAUUUGGAAUUUUCACGUAUGGGUAGAGGCGUGGAUGGCUCGGGCAGACCUACCCAAAGGUUAUGGAGGUUGGCAGGCCAUUGAUGCUACGCCACAAGAACGUUCAGCUGGAUUCUACCAAUGUGGCCCAGCUUCAGUUGAGGCCAUUCGCAAAGGUCAAGUCGGAUUGGCAUAUGACGUGGCUUUCGUACUCGCUUCUGUUAAUGCAGAUUGCAUCACAUGGAAAGAGGACAAAACGUCGGAAAUCGGUUACGUUCAAAUGCACUGCGAUCGCUACAAAGUCGGAAAGCAGAUUCUGACAAAGAAGCCCUUCGUCUUCGAUACGGUUGGUCAAUCAGACACGCAUGACAUCACAGACACGUACAAAUCAUCAGAGGGGUCGAAUGAAGAGCGCAUCAGCCUGUUAACUGCCGUCGGAUCGUCUGUUCGAGCCAAACGUUUCUUCCGCUACCCCGAGAAAGCAGCCGAGGAUGUCGUCUUCGACUUGAUUGAGCUUGAACGGAUCCCCAUUGGAGAAUCGUUUAACGUCGUUGUCAAACUGGAGAAUCGUUCCAAACAAGUGCGUACCAUCAACGCUGUUCUGUCGGCAACCACCAAUUUUUAUAACGGAGUGAAGGCUCACUUAGUCCGUCAUGCAACGGCAACUUUCGUCUUGCAACCGAUGGCCCGGGAGGAAAUGCGGCUGCCCGUCUCCGCCAAAGACUACAUCGGAAAAUUGGUGGAAUACGGCAUUAUGAAGCUGUGCGCGUCCGCCACCGUCAAGGAGACCAAUCAGACAUGGAUUGAAGAGGAUGAUUUCCAAGUCAUUAUGCCCAGCGUCGACAUUAAGGUUACCGGGUCGAAAAAAGUGGGACAGCCACUGGAGGUCAUCUUCACUUUCGUCAACGUCCUCAAAAUGCAGUUGACGCAGUGCAAAAUGGCUUUCGAAGGACCAGGAUUGACUCGCUCCGAUUUCCGAGACUAUCCAGAUCUGGCGCCGGGAGAGACUCUGACCAUUAAAAUUAAUUUGAUGCCGAAAUUCGCCGGAGAGCACAGCCUCGUCGCUUGUUUCGAUUCCAAAGAGUUUACCGAAAUCACGGGCGCGGUCAAAGUGGUCGUCACUAAAUAAAACAAGUGUCGAAUACUGACGACUGCCCCAUCGCUUCGCUUUUGCUAUGAUACAAUGUCAAUAAUCGAUUUAAAAUGUCAAUCCAUGUGAAGGCGUUACGCAAUGCCUGAAAGCUUUACUCCUCUUACUCACGCACUCUUUUUUCUCACGCGCCUGGAAUAACUGCUGCCUGCCUAGCACACACUGUAGUAGUCCCAUGUACUGUAAUACUUGAAUAAGACGCUAGCGCAUUUGCCCUGUCGUUUUACCUACAUAAGCCAAGCCGUUGAGCUUGAGCGUGUCGAUGGUUCGUUGAUCUCUUGACACGAAGAGAUACAUAUACUCCUUAUCUUUUUUUCCCAACAUUGUGCGAGAAUAUUUCGAACCAUGCAGCACUUGAAAAUAUAUUUAAAAAACAUGCGGA